AUGACUCGCGGCGUGCGCAGGGGCUGCGUUCGGCUGCGGGCUGCCGUCAUCGGCAUCGAUGAUGAAGACGACUCCACGUUCACCAUCACCGUCGAUCAUAAGACUUUUCACUUUCAGGCCCGAGAUGGAUCAGAAAGAGAGAGUUGGGUGCGAGCAUUAGAGGACACCAUAUCAAGACACGGUCGGCGAGAAAGAUGGUCACGUUGCGUGCCCGCACCUUCGCACAGGCACGGGGACUUGGAACGGCGCAUCUCAGAGGCUGAUGCUUAUCUGCAGAUUAUGAUCGAACUAGUUUCUAAACUGAGCACCAGGGUAUCAGAACUGCCAGAUACACACGAUAGGAAUAAAGGACAAAUAAUUUUAGACCAUUCCAAUGCGAUGUUGGAUAACAUAAAACAUUCCAUAGUGCUUCUUCAAAUAGCUAAGAAUACAGUUAACCCUGUGAACGGCGUAUAUCAAGGGCCUAUCACUCCCCAACAACAUAUCCAACCUCCGACCGAGAUAGCCGCGCAGCGUGUUGAGCUAGGCUCCGAAUGCCGCGAGCUGUCGACGCCGGUGCAGACAACACUGCCACCCCUCGAACACAUGGACGCGCCAAGACAACCCAUGUCCCUUCUGGUGCCGGAUACGUCGUAUUCGUCGUCGGAGGGCGAAGACGACUUCUACGAUGCAGAUGAUGGUGUUAUACCACAGCCCGGGCCUAGUGCAUCUCGAACUUACUCGGCGGAGGGCGCUACGGAAGCAGAGACCGGGCAGCCCACCGUCGACCUGCCACGUACCAGGGAUGGAGAGAUUGACUACGAUGUGUUGCAGGUUGUGCUGCCAACGUUUAUCUUAGAAAGGCGAUCACUCCUCGAAAUGUACGCAGACUCAUUUGCCCACCCGGAUCAAUUUGUUAAGAUAGUAGACCAGCCAACGCCACGCGAGCGUAUGAUACAAGUAGUACGAUGGUACCUUAGUUCGUACCACGCGGGUCGCAAAUCCCAAGUAGCCAAGAAACCCUACAACCCGAUUCUAGGGGAAGUGUUUCGAUGUUACUGGGAACUGGACGAACCCAGUCCAGCUUCUAUGGAUAAGCAAGAAGUGGGCGACGGUCCAGUACCCUGGUGCUCACCCGACCAACUCUCUUUCGUAGCGGAACAGGUCUCCCAUCAUCCUCCUAUCUCAGCCUUUUAUGCCGAACACGUCAAUAAACGCAUACAAUUCGAGGCCUGGGUGUGGACGAAGAGCAAGUUCUUGGGACUUUCGAUAGGUGUACACAAUAUUGGCAAAGGAAUAGUCACUGUGUUAGACAAAGGAGAGGAGUAUACUUUGACAUUCCCUAAUGGUUACGGCAGAUCAAUAUUAACUGUACCGUGGAUCGAACUAGGCGGUUCGGUCUGCAUAGAAUGCGUCCAGACCGGACAUAAGGCGAACAUAGAGUUCUUGACAAAACCUUUCUAUGGCGGCAAGAAACAUCGAGUCACGUGCGAAGUGUUCGCCGGCAAUGAGAAGAAGCCCUAUUACACGGCGCAGGGCGAGUGGAAUAGCAGGAUGGAUGGACGCUGGAGUGAUACUGGGCGCAGCGAAGUCCUCUUCGACGUGUCGUUAAUGAAGCCGCGGCGCAAGCGCGUGACCCCCAUCAGCAAGCAAGGGCUGCAAGAGUCGCGCCGCGUGUGGCGCCACGUCACCUGCGCCCUGCGCGCGCAGGACUGCGACGCGGCCACCAACGCCAAGAGGACCGUGGAACAGGCUCAAAGGGAGGCUGUCAAGCAGAGGGAAGCUAAUGGCGAGAAAUGGGUCACACAGCUAUUCAGUCCAAAAGGCGAAGACGGUUGGGAAUACAAUACUCCGCUGAUCAAGCGACACGAGAAAAAAGUCGUCGACUGCGCCGACAGCUCUAGAUAAUGGACUUACCUACUAAAUAAGGUAGCAAUCACAAGACCUGAUAGGUAGUAGGACGUUCUACGCACCAAUAUUGCCCCGGCAGGUCGCGACAAGUAUGUCUACAUCUUUCAACAAACAGGAGGCUAUUUAGGUAGCCCGUAUUACUCAUACGCUCUCCGUCCGCCUAUUGCCUUACGGUUUGCAAGGCAAACGCUGGGUAAAAUCAAUUAAAAAAUGAACUUUUCUAAUGUUUUGGGUUUGUAUCCUGGAGUGAAUUCCGUUGCUCUGGUACUCAUAGUACAAGAGAUUCUCUAGUUUUGAGACCAAGUAAUUGGUAAGGUUGUCCGGUUAAUGACAUAUUAAAUUUAAUUUUACAGUGAUGAGGAACGGAAUGGAAGUAGAUUUUGUGACCGUAACAUAAUAAACUUUACGUUAACGUGUAACGUACAAACUAGAGAAUACUCGCGCAUCGUAUCGUAUCUAGUAUGUACGUUACACAAUUGACAUAAAGGUCAUUAUGCUAUGUACUAUUUUGUUAUAAAACUUCGCUUCCAUUCCUUUCCGCGGCACUGUAAAUUUAACCCUAUUAAUCAUUAUUGUACACAAAAUUUUAAACGUUUUUUCAUAAAAAUUAUCACUAGUUUUACCACGAAACGACUUAAAUAAAAAAUAUAUUUGUAACUAGGAAUAAUCGUGUAGUAACUAAACGCGAAAAUCUUUCUUUUUUUAUUUACAUUGAGCUAUUAUACUUGUUCGUCAA